AUGUCGAAUAAAUUUUAUAAAGACGACGUGAAAAUUACAAAUCUAGAAAUUAAGCACAAUGCUGAUUUCGUGAUUCCUCUUGUCAAUAGCAUUUUGCAGAACGUUCAUGAAUUAGACGAACGGUUUAAAACACAACCAUUACAUGUUGGUAGUUACUAUUCUCGUCUAAAAGUUUCUCGUGCAGACGAGUUUGACUAUAGCGUAGUGUUAGAUGCAAGAUCAUCUCUCUCUUGGAUUCAUACAACGCCGGUUUAUUAUGGAUAUCAUAGAAACAGAGAAGUGGAUUGUACAUCGAUUCCACUGACAACACCACCAGUAGGAAAAUGCUUAGCACUGGUUCCAGAACUGAUACAAAGCUGGAAAAAUGAAGGUUUAAAUAACGGAUCGGCAUGCUUGUCAAUUGAUGGCAGUAUUAUUCCUUUAAAAGUUAAAAAAUGGUUUAAGCAACUUGUCAUUAAAGCUAUAGAUCAACUCGGAUUACGGGACAUCGUCAAAGUGCAAGGUUUACCCGAGUCUCCUGCAACUACUUUGACGAUUUGCCAUUCCAAAAUUGCUGGAGGAACAAUUAGCGUAGAUCUCACACCCAUAAUCGAAGCAAAGCCUUCAUUCAUACCAAGGUUUUGUUGGCCUAGAGCGGGGGCAAAAUGGCCAUCCGAUACCAAGAUUCAGGAGAUAAAAGGAAUACAUGUUGUUGCCAAAGAUCCAUAUUAUUGGUCUUUAUCAUUCGUUGCAUGUGAAAAGAAAUUGAUAGCUGGAAUCGAUUCAGAUGGAUCUUGUCGUAAAAAGAGUCAACGCAUUAUGAAAAAACUUCGAGAAAUGUGGUGUCCGAAAGAAACAAAACAGGAACUUACUUCGUACCAUCUUAAAAAUAUUCUUUUCUGGGAAUGUGAAAAUCAUCCAGAUAAUAAAGAAUGGAAUAAAGAUCAGCUUGCUGUAAGAAUUGAGUCCAUGUGCCAUCUACUCAUACAACACAUACGAUGUGGCAACCUGCCUCUUUACUUCCAUACAGGGGUCAAUUUGUUUGAGAAUAAGGACAAAGACGUUCUUGGCCAGGUUGCGCACAAUAUUUUAAGGUUUGUGAUGGCGCCACACCAUUGUUUAGAUAAAUACAGGUAG